AUUAUCUAGGUGGCGCGCGACAGCUUCCUGUUUGGAUCGGUCCAGGAAGGAGAGCCAAAUGGCGUCGGCGGUGGGGUUAGGGUACCCUCGGCGAGUGGAAUCCCGCAGACAACAAACGGGGAAUAUUGUCUCUCGAAUCCGACAGGGCCAGGUUACCGGCCGAGGACUGUGUCGGGGCACUCAGAUUCCUGAAGCAUUGCUAUAUGAAAGGGACAAAAAAGCAAAAUGGCAUGGCAUCCCAGUUCUUUUGCAGAAGUUAUAUGAAAACAGCCAUCCUAACUGUGACCUCUCUCAGGUCUAUGGUGUAAUUAAGGAGAUAUCUUCCUUGCUGUCUAUGGAAGCAAUGGCAUUUGUCACAGAAGACCGAAAGACAGCUCAGGAAUCCACCUAUCCAAACACUUACACUUUUGACCUUUUUGGAGGUGUUGAUCUUUUGGUUGAAAUUCUUAUGAGACCCACACUAACUGCCCAGAAGAACAAACUAAAAGUGAGCGAUGAACUGGUGAAGGAUUGCUUAAGUGUUCUGUAUAACUGCUGCAUAUGUACUGAGAGCAUCACAAAAAGCCUUGCAGCAAGAAAUGAGUUUGUCCUUUUUCUCUUUACACUAAUGACAAAUAAAAAGACCUUUUUACAAACCGCCACAUUAAUUGAGGACAUUCUUGGUGUUAAAAAGGAGAUGAUCCAGUUAGAAGACAUUCCUGACCUACCCAGUCUUGUUCAGCGGUUUGAUCAACAGCAGCUUGCUAACUUCUGUCGAAUUCUGUCAGUUACCAUUUCAGAACUUGAUGUUGGGAAUGAUGAUAAGCAUACGCUCCUUGCCAAAAAUGCCCAACAGAAAAAAAAUUCUAGCCCAUCACGUGCAGAAAUUAACCAAGCCACUCUUUUAAACAUUCCUGGCUUUAUAGAACGGUUGUGUAAGUUGGCUACAAGAAAGGUUUCAGAAUCUACUGAAACAGCAAGCUAUCUUCAAGAACUGGAGGACUGGUACACAUGGUUAGAUAAUGCACUUGUUUUGGAUGCUCUCAUGCAGAUGGCCACUGAAGAAGCAGAACACAGCAGUACUGAAACAGUAGAUGAAAGUACCUUGAUGAACAGACGCCUCCCACAAUCCAUGAAAAUCGUUCAUGAAAUAAUGUACAAGGUGGAAGUGUUGUAUGUUCUCUGUGUUUUGCUAAUGGGUCGCCAGAGAAACCAGGUUCACAAAAUGCUUGCUGAGUUUAAGCUUAUUCCUGGCCUGAAUAGUCUCUUUGAAAAGCUUAUCUGGAGAAAACAGACAAACCAUGUCUUGCAUGGACAAAAUCAAAGCUGUGAUUGCAGUCCGGAUAUUUCCUUAAAAAUUCAGUUCCUUAGACUGCUUCAGAGCUUCAGUGACCAUCAUGAAAACAAGUACCUUCUGUUAAACAGACAGGAGCUCAAUGAGCUUAGUGCAAUAUCUCUGAAAGCCAAUAUCCCCGAGGUUGAGGCUCUUGUGAACACAGAUAGGAAUCUGGUAUGUGAAGGGAAAAAAGGCCUUUUAACACGUUUGCUUACUGUCAUGAAACGAGAACCUGUGGAUUCUUCAUUCAGGUUCUGGCAGGCAAGAGCAGUGGAGAGCUUUUUGCGUGGUGUAACUUCUUAUGCUGAUCAAAUGUUUCUUUUAAAGAGGGGACUUUUAGAGCACAUUCUUUUUUGCAUCAUUGACAGUAAAUGUAAAUCCAGAGAUGUUCUACAAAGCUACUUCGAUCUCUUAGGUGAACUGAUGAAGUUUAACAUUGAUGCUUUCAAGAUAUUUAAUAAAUAUGUCAACACAGAUGAAAAGUUUCAGGUUUUUUUAAAUCAAAUCAACAGCUCACUGGUGGACUCAAAUAUGUUGGUUCGUUGUAUUGUGCUGUCACUUGAUAGAUUUGAAAGUCAGACAGAAGAUUUGAAAGUUGCGGAUGUCCUAUCAGAAUGCUGCCUUCUCUCCUAUAUGUCUCGAGUGGAUAACAGGUUGUCCUUUCUCUUCAGACUAAUUAAUAUAAUCAAUGUACAGACACUGACACAGGAGAAUGUAAGUUGUCUCAAUACCAGUUUGGUGAUUCUGAUGUUGGCACGGCGGAAAGGCAAGCUUCCCUUCUACUUAAAUGCACUUCGAGAAAAGGAGUAUGCUGAGAAAUAUCCAGGCUGCCUUCUGAACAAUUUCCACAACCUCCUUCGUUUCUGGCAGCAACAUUACCUCAACAAGGACAAGGAUAGCACAUGCCUUGAAAAUAGCUCUUGCAUUUCUUUCAGUUACUGGAAAGAGACUGUCUCAGUCCUACUUAAUUGUGACAGGACUUCACCGAGUGCCAUAGCCAGCUACAUUGAUGAGGCGUACAUGGAUAUCGACAGAGAUUUUAUGGAGGAUUAAUCCCGGGAAACUCUUUGGAUGAAAGACUAUUUCGAGGAGUAUAUCCCCGACCAUGAAUAUUCAGGGAUACAUCACUGUACAGUGUUUUAUGUUGGAUGCUGGAAAUACAGAAUGUUAUUGAUAAUUGCAGGAGUGUUUUAGCCCCCAGCAAUCAUUAACACAUUUUGUGUGUGUGUGUGUGUGUGUGUGUUUUUAAUUUUUUUUUUUUUUUAUAGUACCCUCUCGCCCCCACCCCACAACCUGGAGUCAGAUGCAUAUGUUUAUCUUAUGUUAUUGGUUUUUGCUGUAGGUCAGUAAGUUCUAAUACAGGCUCAUCAUUUAAAAUAUGCAGUAUAUAACAGCAGAUUUCUAGAAAUGGAUGCCGUGUUGCAGACAUUCCUCGUAGACUUGGAAUCUCCUUCCUGUACAGAUGAACAUUUUGAAGCUAAUUUAGCAUCACAGUUUUCAUUUUGGACAAUCCCUUUAUUUGUGAAGAGACUAAAUAAGCAAGACAGGAGCAUUAUUAGCAAAAAAAAAAAAAAAAUCAAUAUAACCAUGGAAUAGGAUUUGGUGUUAAAUGCAAAAAAAAAAAAAAAGACUGAAAUAGUCUUCAGAAAACCACAAAAGACUGACUGAGCUGUUUGUGGACCUGCACUACCUUUUUUUGCAACUUUAUCCUGGAAGACCUGAGUUCAAAUUGAAUCAUGAAAUCCCUAUGCUGGUACCAGAAAUCACAGGACUUGGGGGGCCUCACCUCUUCCCUUUCUCCCUUUUUUGGAGUAACUUCUGUUUCUUUUAAUUUAUUUUUUUUUUUUAAUUUUAAUUUUUUUGCCAUGUUUGACUAUAAAGACUGCACAAGUUGUUGUUGCCAUCAUCAGAAUUCUCAACUAUUUAAAUUUCUGCUUAAUCCACAGGUAUAUUGUAUAUUUAGAGUGCAAUUUGACUUGCCAAUACAGUAAAACACCAUGGGACAUAAGUUCUGCUGGUUAUGGGGAGGGCUGGUGCUGGUGCUUCACUUCACUUCACUUCGUCCAGCUGCCAUCUCUGACGCAUUUCUGAGGCAGUAAGAUGGAGCUGACGGGAGGGGAGAUGUGGGGUCGUGUUUUUAAAAUGCUGCUUCCCUGAAUACAGGUGCCUUGGAUAAGAAGGUUUAUAUAUUUGCAUUAUUUUUCUUGCCUAUUUAGCAGCUAAUGACAGCAAUUAGUAGAUAAACUAUGACUUGAGCUACCUCAUAAAUCAGUGUCAAUCUGAAAGAGUACACCAUUGGCAGAGGAAUAUCAUGGAGAUGGUUCCAUUCUACCAAAAGGAUCGAAAUCAAAGUGGUAAAGUGGCUCAUCAGGGACUUGUUUGAAAUCUUGAAUAUUAAGUAGUGGUUGUCGUCCUGUUUAGCUCCCAAACCACCAUCUUUAGCUUUUCACUGUAUGUCAGUAUGUCAAGUCACAGUUAAUUAAAAUAAAAUUAUAACCCAGUGUGGCCGGUUUGGUUUUUUAAGGGCAGACAUCUGUCCCCGCGUCCCAGGUGCAUAGUUUCAGGGUGACAUCAUGCUACUUUUUGUUUCUUUUUGAAAAGUAACUGAAGCACCAUUUGUAUUUGUUUUUUUCCCUUUGCCACUGUAAUACUGUACAAACCUAGUUUUGUCAACGCUCUAUUAAAAUGAACCUCCACAGCGCUGCCUUA